AUGAGGUCUAACGGGCCUCAUGACGGGGCUUUAACUCCGCGAUUGAAGUCGUCUCCUCGCGGCUCGUCGCGACCGCGAGAUACGGUGACCGGUGCCUCUGUCGUCAGCAGCAGGACUUCCACUAACAGCAGCGCAGUCGUUAUUGACGAAAGAGGCGGCUCGAGUGAUAGUAGCUUGAUAAAUAUCGGGGACAGCGGCGACAGCUCCGUUAGCGUCAGCGUCAGGCCGUCAGCAGGUUUAGCCGGUGUGACACGUCAUGCCGGCGAAGCAUUGGUGGAAUUGCAGGUGCGGGAAGGAGGAGAUGACGUCAAACCUGAAAUUGACGGCGUCAGUUGCAGUGCCGACGACGAUAGUUUGUGCGAGCGAGGGGGAGGAGAGGGGGAAGUGGGGGGUGAGGAGGACGUGCGGCCUUUGAUUGAAUUACCCGAGAGACACGGGUUAGGGUUUGGUGAGAGACACGUGGUGGGAUUGAGUGAGAGGCAUGGCAGUAGCGCGUACAGCAGCGCCAGAGAGACGGACUCAGAGAUAGACGAGGCGAGCGAUGGGGGACGGGGAAGGGCGGGGGAGCGGCGGGCAGGGAGGGUGCGGGAGAGACGGGUGGAGCGGAGCAGGUCGGGGGAGGAAAUGGGGGCGAGAAACUGGCUGGCUGCCGCCGUUGGUGCUGCUAGUGGCGCUACUGCUGCUGGUUCAGUCACUGGUGGGGCUAUGACUGGUGCGGGUGGCGGCGGCAGCGUGAAGGCGAGCGCGGGGUGGGGAGGGGUGCGCGUGCGCGUGUGGUGCGAUCCUCGUAGCCUGUGGCCCGUUGCACGCGUGUUGGCGCUGCUGCUGCUCUGGUACACCUUCAGCACCGCACUCAGCCUUCGACCCGAAGGUCACCUCUCCUCCCUCCUUCCUCCCCCGCCCACCCCAAUCAGGUACAACAAGAUGCUGAUAGGGCAGCAGCACGGCCGCUUCCCCGCGCCACUGCUGCUGACGGCGUUCCACUUCGCCCAGCAGGCGCUCAUGGCCUCCGCGCUGCUCCACUCCGCCUUCCCCUCCGCCCUGCCGCCCCUCCCCCUCUCCUCCCGCGACUACUGCCUCCGAGUCAUUCCCACAGCGGUGGCAACAGCAGUGGACAUCGCUCUCUCCAAUCAGUCCCUCGCUUAUAUCACACUCACCUUCUACACCAUGUGCAAGUCCAGUGCGCCCAUGUUCCUGCUGCUCUUUGCCUUCAUCUUCAGAGCCUGCUUGUCCCUCCCUGCUUGUCCCUCCCUGCUUGUCCCUCCCUGCUUGUCCCUCCCUGCUUGUCCCUCCCUGCUUGUCCCUCCCUGCUUGUCCCUCCCUGCUUGUCCCUCCCUGCUUGUCCCUCCCUGCUUGUCCCUCCCUGCUUGUCCCUCCCUGCUUGUCCCUCCCUGCUUGUCCCUCCCUGCUUGUCCCUCCCUGCUUGUCCCUCCCUGCUUGUCCCUCCCUGCUUGUCCCUCCCUGCUUGUCCCUCCCUGCUUGUCCCUCCCUGCUUGUCCCUCCCUGCUGCGCGUAGCCUUAUCUUCCGAGGCGUUUCGUUUCGAUGCGUUUUACAGUUUUCUCAAGGAAGUCCAGAGCUGUCAAAUGGCAUCUCUCUACUGCAAAGGCCGCGCCCGUGUGUUCCUGCUGCUCUGCCUCUGCUUCCGAUCCACUCACAAUGUCCUCCACGUGUCGCCUUGCUGCACUGCACUGCCCAUGCCAUGCCCCCAUGCCACCCUAUGUCACGCCCACGCCACGGGCGGCAGGCUGGAGCCUAUCAGCUUUCGUCUCAUCGGCGUCAUGAUGGUCAUCUCUGUGGGCGUGCUCUUCACAGUGGCGGGCGAGGCAUCGUUCCACCUGUGGGGAUUCGUACUCGUCAUGCUCUCCGCCAUGGCAUCUGGCCUGCGAUGGGUGCUCAUUCAAGUGCUGCUGCAGUGCCUCUUCUGCCCUCCCCAUUGCCCUCCCCAUUGCCCUUCCCAUUGCCCUCCCCAUCACCCACGCCAUGGCUUGUGCCAAGCCCACCCUCUCGUCUCCCAGAAAGAUCGCCUUGGUCUGAGCAGCCCGCUGGUAUCUCUGGCUUACAUCACGCCCCCCAUGGCCGUCACCUGCGGUCUCUUCUCCCUCGCCCUCGAGCCACUCGCCUCGCUGCCCUCCUCGUCUUACUUCUCCCCGCCCUCGCACCUUGCACCCACCAUGCUGCUUCUGCUGCUGGGAGGGGUGCUCGCGUUUCUCAUGGUAAAUCUUAGGCAAUUCGCUGCCGCUGCUCGUUUGCGGCCAUUGUGCUCGCUCAUUCCUGCUGCUGCUGCUCUUCAUGCUCUUCAGAUCAUGUCGGAGUUUCUGCUCAUCCUGCACACCAGCGCCGUCACCUUCUCUGUGGCUGGCACUGUCAAGGAAGGCGCCACCAUCCUGUUGUCUCACCAGGCGCCUGCGCUCCUACAUGCCUACUUUCAACUGCGCCCCUCCCCACUCCACCACCAGGUGUCCCAUCUGGUGUUCUCUGAUCGCUUCACGCGUGUCAACCUGGUGAGCGUGCUCAUCAUCAUGGUCGGCGUCUCACUCUCCCGUCCAACCACUUGCAACCCUCCACGCUCCCCUCCCUCUCCCUCCUACGCCCAGGUGUCCCAUUUGGUGUUCUCCGAUCGCUUCACGCGUGUGAACCUGGUGGGCGUGCUCAUCAUCAUGGUCGGCGUCUCACUCUUCAACCUGCACAGGUAA